GCCUGCGCACCGCGUGGCUUUAUUUAGGGGCGUGGCCUCGCGCUCUCGUGGACGCCUAGGGGCGGGGCCGCGGCUCGCCGACGUGUCUCGCGCGUGAGGGGGCGGGUCCAGCCAGUGCCGACCGAGGGCCGCGGAGGAGAGUACGCAGGCGCGGGGAGCGCGGGGAGCGCGCCUUGCCUGCGCAGCUGCUGGGGUGGGCGUCGCCGGGACGCGACCCUGGAGGACAGGUUGAGUGUGGCUGUGGGUGUGUGCCCACGGCUGCCUGGAAUUUUCCGCCCGUGACCGCCUGUGGGGUUUUGUCUGGUUGUGUGGUGACGGAGUGUGAGGUGAGGGACUGUGUUUGAAGCGUGUGGUGGCGUCGCUGUGUUGUGAGAGGAGAGCGGGUUGUGGCGUUUCUGCGUGUGUCUGUGAUGGAGCCAGCCGUGUGGUGACGGGGACGUGCCUCAGGACCAUGUUCGUAUUUCACCGCAAGGUCUGUGGUGUUUAUGUGAGGAAGAGGUGACUGCGCCUGUGGGAGGGGGGCCGGGAGUGGGUAUGUAAGUGUGGCUGUGAGAAUUUGUGUUGUUGAAGCGCGUUCGUGUGUGUGUGUGUGUGUGUGUGUGUGUGUGUGUGAGACCGACUGAUGUAGGUGGCCGUUUAUCGCCGUCUGGAGUGGCUGCGUGAUUUGACCGGGUGGCUGUAUGACUGAGCUUCAGUGGCUUUGCGGUUGUGAGUGUGUGGCAGUGUGCGACUGCGCUGUCGAGGUGUAUCUCUCCCUGUAAGCGUGGAAGGAGGAUCCUUGUGGGGAGGACUCUGAGCGGCUUUACGGGCGUGCAGGCUCCUGGCAAGGAAGUAUGUGUGCUGUUGUGGGAGGCUUUCCUUCUCGGUAAAACAGGAUAACAACACCCGCGUCAGUUUUGGGAAAAUUAUAUAAAUGGCGUAACGUAGUGAAAUACCCCGUGCCGAGCUUGGCACUCACCAGGCCCUGUGUAGGUGCUUGGUGUUUGUUGGAGUGCUGGUGGUCGUUUUUCGUUGUCCCCGUGCAGAGGUAGAAGCGCGGUGGUGAACGCUGGAGAAAUUUGCAUCUCUGAACUUGAGAUUGAGCAAUGCUUCUCAGAGCUGGGGAUCUGACCUCUUCUAGCCGAGAAGCGGUGCCCCAGUAGCCCAGCUGCUCCUUGUUGUCUGUUAUUGCAUUAGUGCAUUUGAAGGGAGGGCAGUGUCUGUCUUGGUCUCUGGGACCUGAGGCUGCGUAUGGUUGUGUGUCUGCUUCCUAACCAGUGUAGCUUGGGGGACUCUGGGACUUCUGGUUCCAUCACUCAGUAGUUGUGUGACUUUGGGAGAGGUCACUUAAAUUGCUGACCCUCAGUUUCACCUGCAAAAUGGGGAUAAUAAUAGUACCAAUCUUAGGCCUGUGGUGAGCGUUAAGUAGAACAGUGCCUGACACAAGUAAGCAACGAAUAAAUGCUAAUUGCUUUAUUAUUAACCUAAUAACCCCAAGGAUUCCACACCCAGAGAAUCAAAUCCACAGGAAGAAAAGCAAGAAGUGGAGCCUCAGAGAAAAAGUUGCAGGUUAAGAGAUAAAGUAAUCCUAAAGGCUAAAUUGAGCUUAGGUUCAGAAUUUUCUAGUCGGGGUCCUAGGAGGGCACGAACAGAGGGUCUUCCUUUAUGGAGAUAUCCCUAGAGAACCUGUGGGGUCAAGACGCAAGCACUCAGAGUUAAUUUCUUUCAUUCUGAGAAGCCCACUGGUCAAGACCCAGUGGCAGGGACUGAGGAGGAGUAUCUCCUGAUAACACAGCGAUCUAGAGACAUCUCCGUGUCUAGAGCAGGGUUUCUCAGGCUUGGCACUUUGUUUUUUUUUAAUAAAUUAUUUAUUUAUUUAUUUAUUUAUUUAUUUUUGGCUGCGUUGGGUCUUCGUUGCUGUGCAUGGACUUUCUCUAGUUGCGGCGAGCUGGGGCUUCUGUUUGUUGUGGUAAGCGGGCUUUUCAUUGCAGUGGCUUCUCGUUGCGGAGCACGGGCUCUAAGCGCACGGGCUUUCAGUAGUUGUGGCUCAUGGGCUUCAGUAGUUGUGGCGCGCGGGCUCUAGAGCUCAGGCUCAGUAGUUGUGGCGCACAGGCUUAGUUGCUCCGCAACUAAGUUGCUCCGCGGCGUGUGGGACCUUCCCGGAUCAGGGCUCGAACCUGUGUCCCCUGCAUUGGCAGGCAGAUUCUUAACCACUGCGCCACCAGGGAAGCCCCAGCCUUGGCACUUUGGAUGCUUUGGGGCAGAUAAUUGAGAGAUGGGGGAGAGCUGUCCUAUAUAUUUUCGGAUGUUUAGAAUUAUUCCUGUUUUCUACUCCCCAGAUGCCAGUAGCAUACCCCUGCUGCCCCAAUUUUAACAAGCAGAAGUGUCUCCAGACACAGCCUGGUAUCCCCUGGAGAACAAAAUCACCCCAGUUGAGAACCACUGGUGUACAGGACCAUGAUGAGGGCACACCAUGAACAUUUUCAGGGCGUGAGGGUGGGGAGGAGAGCAAGGGGGCUGGAUGAGAGAGGUGAUAAAGGGAUAAUGUUUCUGAGAUGAGAAGAAAGGGUGUCCAAAGCCUGCAACAUGGGUAGGCUCUGAGAGGCACUCAUUCAUUGAGCAGUCAGAUGCCUGCCAUGGGCCAAGCACCUUGCUAGUCAGGAUGGACCAGGUUUCUACUCAUUGGAGCUUGCAUUUAGUAGAGAGAUGAAAUUAAAUUUAUAACAGGUGGCAGUAAUUAUUUUGAAAAGGAAAGCAGGGUGAAGGGAUUACAGGGUGACAGUGGGUGCUGUUUUCAGUGUCGACACCCAGGCUUCCCAUGGGUAUCUCAGUCAACUCCAAAGCCAAGAAUGGCCACCAUCAGUGACUCCUUGGAAUCCUUUGAUCAGGGAAUCUAAGGAUUUGGCUUUUCUCCUCCCCAGUGCUGAGGUCUGGACUCUUAACAGGGAGAGGUCAGAUCUCCAGCCCGCGACUGAGGCUUGGAGACUGGAGCAGUAGUUCUAAACUAUGGCCUUGCAUAGAAUUUAGAAAUCUUAAAAGAUAAAAAUAAGACAUGCCUGGACUCCAUCCCCAGAGAUUCUGACUUAAUGGUUCUGGCAAGGGGCCCAGCCAUCAGUAUUUAUUAAAAAGCUCCCAAGAGAUUCCUGUGUACAAACAGGGUUGAGAGCUACAGCUGUGAGAGUUUGUGGGCUUCUCUGGGGCUUCUCAGAAUGAAAGAAAUUAAUUCUGAGUGCUUUCAGUAUCUUAUCAAAGGCAGUCCCUACAGCUGCACUUCCCUGCAAUAGGGACAUUCCUAGCCCCAUCCUACAAGUGAGGAAAUCAAAUCUGUACCUGUGCCAGCAGAGCAAGGGCAGGUCUGGCAUUCAGAUGCAAAGCUUACGUUUUCUGCUAUAGCUGGGCUUGGGUCUUUGGAGAAAGUACCUUUCUAUAUCCCUGGCCUCUGGGGCUGGCAAGUUCAGGAUAGAGGUGAUCUUAAAAUACUAGAUAGGUGGUAUAGCAAAAACAAACUCUGGCUGAACGGAAGCAAUGUGUGGGUGCAUUAAUGGCUGGCUUUCAGUUAUGUCAGGACCCACCCCAACUCAACACCCAGCACAGGCCCCCAGGAUCACAGGGGUGCUGUGCCCCAAGGGGAGGCGUGGCCACUGUCCAGUAACUCUUUAUUUUAAUUUAUUUAUUAUUAUUUUUUGGCUGCAUUGGGUCUUCGUUGCUGCACGUGGGCUUUCUCUAGCUGCGGCGAUCGGGGGCCACUCUUCCUUGUGGUGCACGGGCCCCUCAUCGCUGUGGCCUCUCCUGUUGUGGAGCACCGGGCUCCAGGUGUGAGGACCUCAGCAGCUGUAGCAGCGGGCUCUAGAGCGCAGGCUCAGCAGUUGUGGCACACGGGCCCAGUUGCUCCACGGCAUGUGGGAUCCUCCCGGACCAGGGCACAAACCCGUGUCCCCUGCACUGGCAGGCGGAUUCCUAACCAUUGUACCACCAGGGAAGUCCCUCCAGUAACUCUUUAAGCUUGUUCUCAUCCAGGUUCUAGCCAUCCCUACCUUAGGAGCAGGAAUUUAGCUUUGUGCUAAAUUGCAAAGCCCCUUCCCACCCUAAAGUAUGGGACUCUGGAAGAGAGGCCAGGUUUACAGCGCUGCCCUGAUGUGGUGUGGGAUCCAGCCUCUUUAUUUGUGGUGGUGAUGGUGUUUUGAAAAGGUAAUUAUAUAUAUGAUACAGAACGCCAAAGCAUAGAUAGAUAGGGAAAAGUGAGUUUUGAGUUUCCAAGCCUAGUGACCCAGUUCCCUUCUUCAGGGACAAUCGCUGCUACCAACUUCUUUAUUUCCCUUCCAGAACUUGUCUGUUCCUUUUCAAACUCAUGUAUUCGUAUCCUGUAUUUUGUUUUUUCUAAGCAUUUUCUCUAUAUCUUUAUUCUCCUCAUUACACCAUAUCUUGGAGAUCAUUUCACACAGUACAUAUAGAGCAGAUUUCUCAACCUCAGCACAGUUGACACUUUGGGCCAGAUUGUCCUUUGCUCUGGGUGCUGUCCUGUGCAUUAUAGGAUGUUUAGAAGUAUCCCUGGCCUCGACCCAUUAGAUCCCAGGAACACCUCCCACCCCCAAGUUGGGACAACCACAGAUGUCCCAGGCAUUGCAAGUGUCCCCUGGGGGCAAAAUUGCCCCCAGUAAAGAACUUCUGAGGUAGUGCUGCUGUGUUCCUUUUAAGAACUACAUGGUGUCCCAUAUGUGCGUGUAACAUUCACUGAUUUUCUUAUUGAUGGGCAGUUGUUUCCAAUCUCUUGAUAGGAGUAGUAAUUGUAAUAGGGAAGAACCUUUGUAUUCUUUUUUUGUUUGUUUUUUUUGGCUGCACUGUGAGGCAUGUGGCAUCUUAGUUCCCCCGACCAGGGGUCGAACCUGUGCCCCUUGCAGUGGACGUGCAGAGUCCUAACCACUGGACUGCCAGGGAAGUCCCAGAACCUUUGUGUUCUAUUACAAGUUAAUCACUAAAGGGAGGUUGCUUAUAAGCUUGAAUUACACAUAAUGGGUUUCUCUGGGAAACCCUGCCUCCCAGGUAAUGAGCAUUAAGCUAAAAUACCUUUGUUUAGCCCAUAGGAAACAUCCUGACCAAACCCACCUGUGAAUGACUGCAGGAAGGAAGAAAUUAACACAUCCCCUCUGAAAUGUUUGACUUUUUUCCCUCCCUUUUAGUAUAAAAAAAUCUUGAAUUCUAACUCAGGAAAGAUGAUUCUUUGGGACGUGAGUCAUCAUCAUCUCCGUCUGCUGGCUUUCCGAAUAAAAUCACUGUUCCUUGCCCCAACAACUCGUCUCUCGAUUUACUGGCCUGUCGUAGGGCGAGCACUAUGAGAUUGGCCUCAGUAACAUAAUGAUAAUAAAGAAACUAACAUUUGUUUAGCACUGGCGCUGCUCUAAGUGUGUUACAUGUUUUCAUUCAUUUAAUUUUCACCACAGCCCUGUGGAGUCAUCAUUGUUAUUUGCCUCAUUUGACUGUUGAGGAAGCUCAGGCCCAGAGAGGACAGGGAGCAUGUCUGAGGUCACACAGGUAGUGGGUGGCAGAGUUGGAAGCUGAACCCAGACAGCCUGGCUCCAGAUGGAUGCCCUUCACUGUAGGACUGUACUGCCUCUUCCUACAAACCCUGUCAUUUUACACACAUACGAGAACGUCUGAAGACAAAUACCAGAAAUGAGGUUACUGGGUUAAAGGGUAUGUGCACCUUCAGCCUUAAAGAUAUUGUUGGGCUUCCCUGGUGGCGCCAUGGUUGAGAGUCCGCCUGCCGAUGCAGGGGACACGGGUUCGUGCCCCGGUCCGGGAAGAUCCCACAUGCCGCGGAGCAGCUGGGCCCGUGAGCCAUGGCCGCUGAGCCUGCGGGUCCGGAGCCUGUGCUCCGCAAUGGGAGAGGCCACAACAGUGAGAGGCCCGCGUACCGCAAAAAAAAAAAAAAAAAAAAAAAAAAGAUACUGUUAAUUUCUCUCCAACCAGCACUGUGUGAGAAUUCUUACUUCGGCCCUCUUAGUGUCAGGCUUCCUUGAUGAUGCGUGGUGUAUACUGAAUUAAAAAGGAAAAGGAAGGCAAGAAAUAACCGUGUGGCUGUUGCUGAAGAUGUCUCAUGUAAACUUUUAACAGCUAAGGGUGAAGCAGGUUUUGUUUACCCCAUUGCACAGCAGUGCUGAGUCCCUUGGAGAAAAUUAUUUUGUGGACAAGAAUCGUGCUCCUUCAACUUGGGGUGUGUGCCAAGGGCAAACAGCCAUGAGAAACCACAGGAUGGAUGCGUUGCCACUUCCUGGAGCAAUCCAUUGUACUUGAGGAAUCAGAAGAGAAGAAUCUGAACUCCACGUCUCACGUGGCUGCUGGCAUGUGUUGGGCAGCACAGCCCCACCUUCUCAGCACUCUGCCCCUCUCCAAAUUGAAACCCUCAAGGGGGAGGAAAGGAUGCCUGCUGCACGCGGGAAAUCCAAGUCCAAGAAUCCUGGCACCAUGUAUCUCCCGUGUUUGGAAGUCCAACGUUUUCUCAGCCAUGUGGAAGCACAAGCCCACAGUGAAAGGACGUGUGAUUUUCCAUUUCAGGCACCAGUCACAUUUGGGGAUUUGGCCAUCUACUUCUCCCAGGAGGAGUGGGAAUGGCUGAGCCCCAUUCAGAAGGAUCUGUAUGAAGAUGUCAUGUUGGAAAACUACCAGAACUUGGUUUCUCUCGGACUUUCCUUUCGGAGGCCAAAUGUGAUCACCUUAUUGGAAAAAGGGAAAGCACCCUGGAUGGUGGAGCCAGUGAAAAGACGCCGGGGCUUGGACUUAGGGUCUAAAUGUGAGACCAAGAAGUUAUCUCCAUAUCAGUGCAACAAAUCUGGGCAAAGCAUCUAUCAGAAAGCGGUUUCUGCACCACAAAAAGUUCCCACAGGAAAGAGAGGCUGCAAGAAAAAUUCAGUCCUAAUAAAACCCAAGAAAGUGCAUUCAAAGAAGAAAUCUCUAAAAUGUAACGACUGUGGGAAAUUCUUUAGUCAAAGCUUAUCUCUUAAACUUCAUCAGAACUCUCAUACUAGAGAGAAGCCUUAUGAAUGCAGUAAUUGUAGAAAAGCUUUCAGACAGAUCUCAUCCCUUAUUCUUCAUCAGAAAAUUCACAAUGGAAGGAAAAGCUAUGAAUGUGAUAAAUGCGGGGAAAGCUUCAUUCAAAGAACAACCCUUAUUUUACAUGGGAGAAGUCACGAUGAAAAGGAAAUCUUUGACUGUGGGAAGGCCUUGAGUCAAUGCCAAUCUCUCAGCAUACAUCAGAAAAUCCACCUUGUCCAAAAUGUCUACCAGUGCAGAAAAUGUGAGAAAGGCUUCAUUCGAAUGUCAUCUUUUUUACUUCAUAAGAAAAUUCACAAUGGAAAGAAAAUACAUAAAUGCAAUGAAUGUGGGAGAGGCUUCAGUAAGAAAUCAGUCCUUGUUAUACAUAAAAGAAUUCAUACUGGAGAGAAAACCCAUGAAAGUGAGAAGGCCUUAAGUCAGAGUUUACAGCAGCGAAGUCACCAUGUAGAGAAUCCUUAUAAAUGCAGAAAAUGUGGGAAAUUCUUUAAUAGGAUUUCAUCCAUUAUGCUUCAUCAGAGAAUUCACGCUUCAAAGAAACCCUACAAAUGUGAUAAAUGUGAGAAGAUAUUCAUGCGGCUUUCAACCUUUACUCUACAUGUAAGAAUUCAUAAUAGAGAGAAACUAUACAGAUGUAAUAAAUGUGAUAAGGUCUGCAACCGGCAUUCAUCCCUUAUUCAACAUCAGAAAGUUCAUACAAAGAAAAAGAAACUGUUUGAAUGUAAGGAAUGCGGGAAGAUGUUUUCUGGAAUUGCCAACCUUAAAAUACAUCAAAACAUUCAUUCUGAAGAGAAACCUUUCAAAUGCAAUAAAUGUAGUAAAGUUUUUGGCCGCCAAUCAUUUCUUAUUGAACAUCAGAGGAUCCAUACUGGAGAAAAACCCUAUCAAUGUGAGGAAUGUGGGAAAGCCUUCAGUCACCGAAUAUCUCUUACUCGACAUAAGAGAAUUCAUACUGAAGAUAGACCCUAUGAAUGUGAUCAGUGUGGGAAGGCCUUCAGUCAGAGUGCACACCUCGCCCAACAUGAAAGAAUUCACACUGGAGAGAAACCAUAUACAUGCAAAACGUGUGGGAAGGCCUUUAGCCAGCGUACAUCCCUUAUUCUACAUGAAAGAAGUCAUACUGGAGAGAAACCCUAUGAAUGUAACGAAUGUGGGAAGGCAUUUAGCAGUGGCUCAGAUCUUAUUCGGCAUCAGAGAAGUCAUUCUUCAGAGAAACCCUAUGAGUGCAGUAAAUGUGGGAAGGCAUAUAGUCGGAGCUCAUCCUUGAUUCGACAUCAGAAUACACAUUCUGAGGAAAAGGCUUAAGAUUGUUUUAAAUAUGUAAAAGCUAAGAGGGAGGCUAGCAAAGUAGCAGAGACACAGGCAUGGGAAAAUGCAUUUGUCUAUAACAUAAAUUGUGUAAAAAUGGGACAGUUUGAUGGUGUGUCCCACUUUGAAACCCAAAGAACAAAAGUCAUUGGUGAUUUUGACCUGAGUAUUUGAAAUCAACUGAGGCAGUGACUUUAUCAUAGGUCUUUGUUUCAAAAUAGCAAACUCAGAUGAUUGGAUCGGUCAUUUUUAAUGAAGAGCAUUCUUCAUUUGAUAAAAAUAAUUGGUACUUUAUUUCCAAUGUAAUUUUAAAGCUAUUUCAUUGGUUAUGUACAACAAAGUGAAUUGUAAAUCCAUUUUUCUGGAUGGAGCUGUGAGCCUGAUUUAAGGUCACAUGAAGAAAGAGUUUGAGUUUGUCCCUUAGAACUAGAAGUAUCACACAGAAGGGAUUUCCUCACAAACCAGGGUGCCAUUUCAGCUGGCAGAAACUUCUGGUUCAGAAUAAAAAAGAUUGAGUAAAGAUAGCACUCAUAAUUGUGUGAAGCAAUAGAGUCAUUAUCAUUACUGUCUCUAUGGAUAUGAAGACAUAUGAUCUUAAUGGUGUGAAAAAUCUAACAAGCCUGGGAUAAGCUAAUGAGGAAAAAAACCCAGGAUGUAUUGAAGAAUGAGGAACUUCAGAACAAGGAGAAAUCAUUUGUUAUUGUUUUGUUUGAAAAUGAAUUUAUAUUUAUAUCAAUAAACAUUGGUAUUUUCAUGUGAAAACACUGGUGUACAAGUUGAUUGGUGGAGAAUGGGAUGUCAUGGACUGAAUGUGUCCUCCCAAAAUUCGUUUGUUAAAACCCUAACCCCAAUGUGAUUGUAUUUGGAAUUGAGGCCUUUGGGAGAUAAUAAGGGUUAGAUGAGGUCAUGAGGGUGGGGCCCUCAUAAUAGGAUUAGUGUUUUUAAAGAAGAGACACCAGAGACCUCUGCCAUGUGAGGACACAGCAAGAAGGUGGCUAUCUGCAAGCCGAGAAACUAGGCCUCACCAGUAUCCAACCUUGUGGCAUCCUGAUCUCAGACUUUCAGCCUCCCAAACUGUGAGAAAUACAUUUUGUUUACAUCACCCAGUCUAUGGUAUUUUGUUAUGACUGACUAAUACAUGGGAAAAACCCUGCAUUUAUGUGCCAGGCUCUUUCAUGUCAGCUGUUCACCAUAUAUAUAAUAGUUUUCAGUGCUUCUUUCCAGUUUGUGCAAAAUGUGUAAGAAAUAAAAUCAGAAUUCUUUUUUGGAAUUAGGUUAUAUACA